GCCGCGCUGUGGAUCGUGUCUCCUCGCCAUUAAAGGCUCUACGUGGCUGUGUCGCCACUUCUCUCGCCUUGUGACCUGUACCGACCUCGGGAGUCUUAGGAAGGUAGCCAGGGGACCCAGGAGACCUAGAAAUGGUCUCAGUGGCCAUUGAGGAUGUGGCUGUGAACUUCACCCCAGAAGAGUGGGCUUUACUGGAUCCUUCACAGAAGAAACUCUACAGAGAUGUGAUGUGGGAAACCUUCAAGAACCUGGCCUCAAUAGGGAAAACAUGGGAAGUUCAUGACAUUGAAGAUUGGUUCAAAAACCAUGGGAGAAAACAAAGAAAUCAUGUGAUAGAGAGACUCUGUGAAAGUGAAGAGGGUAGUCAAUGUAGAGAAAACUUCAGCCUUCUUCCAAAUCUCAAUCGGAACAAGAAAACUGCAGGAGCUGAACCAUGUGAAUGCAGUGCAUGUAGAAAAGUCUUUAUGCAUCAUUCAUGCCUUAACAGGCACAUCAGAUGUCGCACUGAGCACAAACCAUAUGACUAUCAAAAAUAUGGAGAGAAGGUGUAUGAAUGUCAGGAAUGUGGGAAAUCCUUCACGUUUUCCAGUUGUCUUCAACAACAUGAAAGAACUUAUACUGGAGUGAAAACCUAUAAAUGUAAAAAAUGCAGUAAAAUGUUCACUUCUUCCAUUUCUCUUCAAAUACACAAAAAAGUUCAUACUGGAGAGAAACCGCAUGAGUGUAAGAUAUGUGGGAAAGUCUUUGUAAGUCCUUCAACCCUUCGAUCACACAUUAUGUUUCACGAUGGAGAUCAACCAUAUACAUGUCAGGUGUGUGGGAAAGCCUUCACUUUCCCAAGUUUACUUCAAUUACAUGAAAAAAUCCAUACUAGAGAGAAAUCCUUUGAAUGUAAAACAUGUGGCAAAACCUUCAGGUUUUCCAGUAGUUUUCAGGCACAUGAAAGAACUCAUACAGGAGAGAAACCCUAUGAAUGUAAAAAAUGCAGUAAAGCAAUUAGUUCUUCCAGUUCUCUUCAAGUACAUGAAAGAACACAUACUGGAGAGAAACCCUAUGAAUGUAAGAUACAUGGGAAAGUGUUUCUAAGUCCCUCAAGGCUUCAGUCACACACAGUGUUUCACAGUGGAGAUCAACCAUACCAAUGUAAAGUAUGUGGGAAAGCCUUCCCUUUUCCCAGUCGUCUUCAAAAACAUGAAAGAACUCACACUGGAGAGAAGCCCUAUGAAUGUAAAAUAUGUGGUAAAGCCUUCAGGUUGUCCAGUAAUGUUCAAGUACAUGAAAAAAUUCAUACUGGAGAGAAACCCUAUGGAUGUAAGACAUGUGGGAAAGUCUUUCUGCGUCCCUCAAGCCUUCAAUCGCACAUGAUGUUUCACAAUGGAGAUCAACCAUAUAAAUGUAAGGUAUGUGGGAAAGCCUUCCCUUUUCCCAGCCUUCUCCAAAAACAUGAAAGAACUCAUACUGGAGAGAAACCCUAUGAAUGUAAAAAAUGCGAUAAAACAUUUAGUUCUUCCAGUUCUCUUCAAGUACAUGAAAGAACUCAUACUGGAGAGAAACCCUAUGAAUGUAAGAUAUGUAGGAAAGUCUUUCUAAGUCCCUCAAGCCUUCGAUCACACACGAUGUUUCACAAUGGAGAUCGGCCAUAUAAAUGUAAGGUUUGUGGGAAAGCUUUCCCUUUUCCCAGUGUUCUUCGAAAACAUGAAAGAACUCAUACUGGAGAGAAACCCUAUGAAUGUAAAAUAUGUGGUAGAGCCUUUAGGUUUUCCAGUAAUGUUCAAGUUCACAAAAGAACUCAUACUGGAGAGAAACCUUAUGAAUGUAAGAUAUGUGGGAAAGUCUUUCUAAGUCUCUCAAGCCUUCGCUCACACAUGAUGUUUCACAAUGAAGAUCAACCAUAUAAGUGUAAGGUUUGUGGGAAAGCCUUCCCUUUUCCCAGUCUUCUUCAAAAACAUGAAAGAACUCAUACUGGAGAGAAACCCUAUAAAUGUAAAAAAUGUAGUAAAGCAUUUGCUUCUUCCAAUUCUCUUCGAAUACAUGAAAGAACUCAUACUGGAGAAAAACCUUAUGAAUGUAAGGAAUGUGGGAAAGCUUUCAUUUCUCGUAGAUCACUUCAAAAACAUGAAAGAAGUCACACUGGAUAGAAACCCUUUGAAUGUCAGGAAAGUGGGAAAGCCCUUAUUUUUCAUGAAAAUUUUCAAGGAUAUGAGAGUAUGCACACUAGAGGAAAAAUGAUGUAAAUAUAAAGGAUGUAAGGAACCCUUUUGUCAUCACACUUCUUUCUGAAGACAUGAAAGGACUGACAAUAAAAACCGCUUGAAUGUAAACAGCAUGAGAAAGAGUUCAGUUGGCCUACAUACUUCUAUGUGAAAUUCCCACCAAAAAGAAAUGUAAAUGUAAGUAGUAUGAGAAAGCUUGAUGGAAAUUUGUUUAUAAUGUUCUAGGGAAGUUUUAAUGUGAAAGAGUUGUUAUAAAAGUUGUAAAUAUAUUGUUUACCACACAUCUUUCUUAAAGCAUAACAUUGGAUUGUAGAUUUCUAUUAAUUCCUUUCAGAAAUGAAUAUUGAGUGAGAUAAUUCUACAAGUUAUCAGUAGUACAGAAACCUAUGAGGUAGUUCUUUUUCCUUAAAUCAGUUAAUAGUAUUUUCUCUUUAUUUUUUAUAAUGUUUCAAUUAUCUAUGUUAAGGGGCCUUUGAAAAAUGACAGUUUGUAUUUGUUGGGGUUUUCUUGGUGGCCUUGUAUUGCAGUUCCAUUGUAUAUAUUGUACCUUUUUAGAGAAAGCUUUUUUUGGUGUAAUGGGUAUAGGAAGCUGUUUCCAUUUUCCAUACUGUUAAACUGUCAAUAAAUUUUUAUGUAUGGCAAGUUUACCAAGGAGCAUACUUAUUUGUGAAUUAUUAUUUUCAUAUUUGAGCCUUUGCACUUUGUCCCUCCUUCUGACUGGUAUUUGGUGAAUAGACUUUGAAUUAAGUAGAGGCCUGUGAUAAGGCAACAAAAUGCAGAGCUGGACAUAUCACCCUUGUAUUAUGUUAUGUCAGUGAGGGUUACGUUAAGAACUGGAACUUCAGGAAUCCACCCCAUUUAGGCUUCCAUGUUGGAAUUCUCCAAUAGCCUCACUUGCAUGAGAUUUGCAAAGCAGAAGCAAACAAGACGUUAGGCAGGUUUUGGAGCCACCACACAGGGAGAGAGACAGCUACAUAGGAGCUUUGAGGACACCAUCUUCCUGACCAUUUUCUAGAUUCUUUGCCUUCUAGUCAAGUGAUCUUGAAAACCACCACCAACUGUUUGAUUUCCAUUUUCUUACAGGUGUAUUUUCCACUGGUGUUUUCACAAGCUUCACAUCAAAGAUCCAUUACACUUAGGGUUUUUCUGUAAGGCCUCUUAUGUCCACAGGAAAGUAAUUCAGACUUUGGUGGUUGGGAGCAUUCCCUGAUUCCCUUCCUCUCUAGAUGCUACCUAACAUCUAAUUUGUGUGCUAAGCAUCUUAUUCUGUUAAUAGUGCUAAUGAGCAUGUUUUCCUGAUUCACCAUGAUAUCUACAAUGAGUAUAAAAGGAAGGACAUGGUAGUUUGUUUCUGUGCUGCAUUGUGCAGUGGCUGCCUUGACCCUAUUUUUCCAUGUGAGCAAAAUCACCUUUCUCACGUUGGGAAGAGUAUGUUUGUUUCCUGUUACAUGUGGCUGAAUGUAUUUGCUCAAUACGUUUUUAGUAAUGUUUGAUUUUGUUGUUAAAACUACGUGCAUUUC